CGUUGCCAAGACAAAUAUGGUGGCAGCAUUUCAACGCUCACGUAUAAAUAUUUUAUCCUGCUAAUCAACACAUAAAGAAACACAUAAAGAAAUGGCUUCCAGUUCUGCGGAGACUGACGCUGAAGUCAUCACAGCCAGACGUACAGAAUCACUCGAUGCCCCCCACAUUGUGAAGCUUGUGGCCCCAUGGACAGAAGAUUUGUUUGGCCGAGUGAACAUUGUGAACAUUAUUGAAAAAGCUGUCCUGGCCAUAACGUUGUGCAAUAAGGAAGACGAGAUCAUGGGCCACGGAGCUUUCCUGGACUACCCCAACAUCCCCACAGUGGAUCAGGCUGAAUGGGAGACAUGGUACUCAGAAACCUACGGAGGAGAACAAAACACAUCUCUGAACACCCUGUUUCUGCACUACUUCGUGUCCAAACAAAGCUAUGCUGUGGGCUGCGCCCAAGAGAUCAUCAAGACAGCUUUUAACGCUGUACCAGAUCUUCACUUCCUGUUCUUGGCUGUACCAGAUGGGCAUGUUCCAGAUGCAUGCCUAGGGGGGUUGUUUGCUACCAUGGAGAAAGUGAAGCCGUCCACUGAGGGGUACUCACUGUUUGUGUGCAAGCGUCAUGAGCAUGUAAGGACUCUACACAUCAGGGAAGCUUUUGUGGAAGACCAUGAUGACCUGACCCCCAUCUUCAACCGCCAGAGUGAGAUGCUCCACAACACGUACGGGGACUACUUUCUAGCAGAGCUGAUUGAGGCGCAGGAUGCUGAUAUGCAGUGUCUUGUUGCUGAGGUGGAGAAAACAUCCUAUGGUUUUAUGAGCAUCAGCACGGAUGUGAACCUUGACCUCCUCAACGAAUGUUUUGAGCUGAUCCCGUUCAAUGGUCUGAGGAAGCCACACCCUGAUGACAUCAUCCAACCUACGGACUCCGCUUCCCUUUCCCUCCUGUCUGAUAAAGAGGAAGACACAGUUGCGUCUGAGACAGAGGGUACUAAAGUGGAUGAUGCUGUGCCAGAGAGCAGUUGUAAAAGAGACAGUAGAGUUAACUCAAGUUUGACAACCCCCACAAGAAAAGAUCUGAGACUCAGUGAUGCUGGGUCCACUGGCUUAUUUGAUGUCACCUCUACAACCCUGAAUGAAGACACCAAACUUGACGAUGAAAUCCACAAAAUCAAUGCAAACUACCAUUUGAAAACACCCCCCACACUGAUGCCCCCACCCAUCAAGAGGUUUGUGCCCACGUACUAUGGGUUGCCCAAUGCCUUUAGCAUUCAGCUCUUCUGUAUAGCAGAACAGUAUGAGAUGAGAUCUUUUGAUUUCCUGCCUAAAGCCUUCUCAAAGUUCCCAGACCGAGACUUCUGCAUCAUCACAGUGCCUCAUAUGGUGCCAGAGUUUCCACUUAUUCAGAACUUUGUGCGUGUGACACCAAAAUGUCCGAGCAUUUUACCACAAGAGCUGUAUGUAUUCCAUCGCUCUGGUCUGCUUAAAAACUUCAAGGUGCGCCAGGCUGUGAGUGGGGAUUACGAGGCUGUGGAAAAACUUGUUGCCACUAUAGACGGGAAGGAGAAGAUUAUGGCAGACCUCAAACAGUUUAACACAGCACGCAGAGACAAUGAUGGGACAGAAAUACAAAGUUAUGUUGGUGAAUGCCUGGGACAAAUUGUUGGUGUUGCUAUUAUGAGGAGGGAAGAGGAUAUUGAGUUCAUCCGCUCCCACUACAACAUCGAGGACUUCAUUUACUUCAACCACCACAGCAGGGAGGAGCACGGCCACCUCCACCACUUUGUUCUCAACCCCGUCUUCAGCCACUUCACCAAACAUUUCUUUAAGGAAAUCCUGAGAUUAUCAAAGAAAACAAGCCUCUACUACCCACUGUACCCACCUUAUUCUACUGACACUGCUGUGGGCAAACAUUCUCUGAUCACUGGACUUAGCUCCCUUGUCCCUGUUAGAGCCAGAAGACAGAUUGAGUAUCCCGAGGGGUUGGGCAUUAACGGACCAUCAGAGCGGGUCAAGAAGAAAGUCCUGCCCUUUGCUCUCAACCACAUCAACAGGAAACUUGUUCUAGAACCUAAGGUCACGAUAAAUGCCAGAAUUGUGGUCAUUGGAGCCUCAGAUGUUGGGUUAACUUUCCUGGAGACUCUUGUUUUCUGCCCACAUCUCAAGUUUAACAACAUCACACUGAUCUCCCCACAUGGAAUACCUGGUGACAUGACACCCAAUGAAAUGAGAGAUUCAGUCCUAGGGGAGAGCUACUGUUUCACAAAAGAUGACUUUGCCAAGAUGGCCUUGAGAACGUGGGUGAACGUUGUGUACGGUAAAAUGUCAGGAAUUAACAGAACGAAAAAACAGGUGAUCGUCAACGGCGUGGACAUCGUCCCCUUCGACCACCUGAUCAUCUGUACAGGCCUGCAGUACCAGGUCCCCUCCCCCACAGGGGUCACUGAGGGUCAGCUGCUACCCCUUGAGACCCUGGCUCAGCUGGCCAACCGCAGGUACACCGGGCAGGUGCCGCCUAAUUUGUAUCUGAUUAACGACACCUUCGACGCCGCAGUGGCUUUGUACAGGGUGGAGCAUAAUUUACAGAACAAGAGUAUAGUAGUGUACGGCAACUCCAUUGACAGCUACACCUUCAUCCAGACCUUGCUCAAGUCUGGCAUCAAGGGAGAGAACCUGAUACUCGUGGAACCACCCGCCAUAGAUGGUGUCUCACCUUUCAACAACCCUGAGAUUGAAGACGAGCUGGUACGCUGCCUGGAGGAGUCUGGCGUCACCGUCUGCUUCGACUGUUUCCUUGCCAACUGGAACAACGGGGAGGGUGGGGCCGGGCACGAGAUCAAAUCCAUCUCCAUCAGCAACGCCACAGACUUUCAGUCGUUCAGUUGUGAUGCACUCUUUUGCUUUUUCAAGAAGGAUGUGAACUUAUUUUCAUUCAAAGCAAUGAACUCAGAGUGCCUGGUGUACGAUGGUAAACUGGUCAUCAACGCCACCUUCCACACCAACGACGUGUCCAUACGGGCAGCUGGUCCACUGACCAAGUUCUCCAGGAAGUACCACUGUGAGGCCUGGACGCACGCCAACUUCAACUCUAGGGAGAUCGGCAUCGCUCUGGCCAGUGAGAUGCUCCGCCUGUUUGACCCAACCCUUGAACCCUGCACUGAACCACCCGAGGAACCCCUGAACCUGAUCCCCAUGUACCGCAACCCCAAGGUGGUCUCUGCCUACCUGCCAGGUGACUACCACUACUUCCACGUGUACAAACCGUGCGUCCCCACCACCCUACAGCAGAUGAUGGCUAAACCAGAUUACGGUCAGGUUCUGGUGACGGGCAAACUGGGCAGUGAGCAGGACUACAUGAGGCUCCACUUCAACCAGUACAACACGGUGGAGACCAUCACAUGCAUGUCCAGAAAACCCUUCCCCAAAGACAACUUCCUGUGUCUGUAUGGGGUCCAUGAAAGAAUGCUGAACAACCUGUUUGUUCGCUACAAGGAAGGUUUGAUUACAGACUUCUAUAAGUACCUGAUGGAACCAUGGGCCAUGGCCAUCUACCACGACCGUUUCCCGGACCUGAGGGACGAGAUAAGGGAGCUGCUCAUCUCUAAUGAGGACGAGAAAGCUGCGACCAUUGAGGAUCUGGCUAGACAGUUGGUAGACGAGGAGAUAGGGUUCACCCAGGACCAGAGGAAGGAGCUGAUGUCGGCCUACAUAGCCACGGGGGCCAAGCGUGCCGUAGAGACCCGCCUCCUCAACUUCAUCGGCUACAACCACUACCACCUGCCCAUGUACGCCAAGCCUGGGAUGGUGUGAGGCCGACCACAACAGGGCUGACGUCAUCAAUGUUGACCCAUGUAAAGUCCGUCCAGGUGGCUAUUGGUCAGACAAUCGACAGUUCAUCUUAAUGACUUGUUCUAUUUUUAAAUUCAUUCUGAACUUUCAGUUCUGGCUCAGUAGAGAAAAUUGUGUAGAGAACAGUAAUUUUUCUUCACUAGUGAGGGUCAACCUCAAAACUUAAAGGCCAGUGGUGAUAUUUGUUUUACAUAUAAUUCUUUUUUAAAUGAUUCUAAGGUUUUACAAAAUAAAUGUUUUAUAUAUUCAUAAGUAUAUUAUAUAACUGUUGCAACAGUUUUGAUGAUCAGUAUACAUAUUUUUUUUAACUAGAUCUGAACUCUAGGGAUGAAAAAAAUUUGUGACAGUUAUUUCUUUUUUUUAACUUUGGUUUAGUUGGGCUCACAAAUCAGAAUAAAUUGUCCAACCCAUUUUUGGAUUCUGUUAAAAUUUAAUAUAUUUAAGAUUGCUUUUAAAUCACAAAAUUAGUGAUUAUUUCAGUUUUCUCUAUUAGACAAUGAAAAAUCAUGUAACUACAGUUGAAUAAAUAUUUUUUUAAAUG